AGGAUGCAAGGGGAAGCGGCUAAAUUCUGAGAAAGCAGUUGUUGGGACUAGUAAAAGCCUGCUUAUGUAGGUCACCUGAGGCCAGCAAUUCACCAGUUGUGGCAACUGCGGGAAAACCAUCAGUCUGAUCUGCUAAGAAACACCACAGAGGACAAUGGAGUUGGAGGUAAAGGCCUUUGAGGACAUUGCAGUUGUCUUCUCUAAGGAAGAGUGGAAAAUGUUGAACAAAUCGGACAAGGAACUUUACAAGGGAGUGAUGGAAGACAAUUUUGCGAUGAUGACAUCACUGGGAUUGAAAAUUCCACAACGCUUGCGAACACUAUUUGAAACUGACGACGAGUCCACUACUGCCUCUGAUUCAAAUAGUAGUAAAGAAGUUCAGCAGAAGGAGCUUCAGGGACCUGCUGUUAAUACUGGCAGUGGAGUUUUGGAGAAGGCUCUUAUUCGGCCAGUUGCAGCUGCAGAAACUGAACUUAAGUGGCAUUUCCCACAGGAAGGACUGAAUCGUGUCAUUGGUAAUUAUGAGAGAGGACGUGAUCUAUUGUCUUUCUUUGCUUCACCCCAACAGACCUAUGAAAGACAAAUGUUUUCUAAACCUACUGAACGUGAAAUGGGUUUUCGUCAACUGGAGUACCAGAGAGUAUAUCCAGGUAUCCAUUCAAAAGAAAUGCCCUUCAAAAGAACGCAGUAUGGGAAUGGUUUCAGUAAACUUCCCCCUAUUACUCAGUAUCCAACCCACCAUAUGGGACCUAGUCAGUAUAACUGCAGCAGGCUUGGGAGUGACUAUCGUCCCCUGUGGCAUGAUAGCAUACACCAAGGAAAUCAAACAAGAGAUGGACCUUAUAAAUGUACUGAAUGUGGAAAGAGUUUUGGUCUGUUGGAUCACUUAUUUGAACAUCAGCAAAAUUCCUCAGAAGAAGAACCAUAUCUCUGUGCAAGAUCUGAACCAAGUUCUAAGAAUUCUUGGCAUUUUCCUGUCAAGCCACAGAUUCAGGUACCUGAAGUGCCUUUGCAGCACAGAGAAUGGAGGACAAGACUUGGUGGUUUUGAUCAUAUAAUAAGACGUCCAUGGAAUCAUGUAGCACCAAAGCCACAUAAAUGUACUGAGUGUGGGAAAUGCUUUGGUGACCAGGCAAGUCUUAAUGCCCACAGCUGGAUUCAUGCCACACAGAGUCCAUGGCUCUGUGCAAAGUGUGGAGUGAGCUUUUUGAAUCCAGAGGCCCUUGCUAAUCACCAACAGAGCCACACAAUACAGAAGAAGUAUCAGUAUGAUAAAGAUGGAAACGGUUUUGGCAAUAAGUCAGAGUCCUCUGACCCUGAGUCAUUUAUAUGUACAAAAUGUGGAGAAAAUUUUAGUCAGUAUGAAAAACUUGUCACUCAUCAACAGAUUCAUACAGUUGAAAAACCAUAUAACUGCAAGAAAUGUGGGAAAGGAUUCUAUCUCCUGUCAGCAUUUACUAAACAUCAGAGAUCUCACAGUGGAAACAGACCUUAUCAGUGUUCAGAAUGUGAGAUGACAUUCCAUAUUUCUUGGCAUCUGACCAAACACAAACGAACUCACUCUGGGGAGAAACCUUAUAAAUGUUCUGAAUGUCAAAAAACUUUUGGAAGGAUGGACCACCUCACUGAACACCAACGAAUCCAUUCAGGUCAGAGACCAUACAAAUGUUUAGAAUGUGGGAAGAGUUUCUGCAGAAAAGUGACCUUGACUAUACAUCAUCGGACACAUACAGGUGAGAGACCUUAUAAAUGUACUGAAUGUGGAAAGGGAUUCAAAAAUCUGUCAACCUUGGCUAACCACCAACUGAUUCAUACAGGAGUGAAGCCUUUCAAGUGCACCGAGUGUGAGAAAAGCUUUGGCCGGCUGGACCAUUUAACUGUACACCUACGAACUCAUACUGGUGAGAGGCCGUAUUCUUGCAAUGAAUGUGAGAAGAAUUUCAGGUACAUCUCAAGCUUCUUGAAACAUCAACGGAUUCACGCAACAGGUUGAACAUAAAAGCAAGUCAGCUGUCCUUCUUGACACAGUUAGGGAAGACAGUGUGACAUAUGUGCAUUUACUAUACCCUGUCUGGUAAGAAUGUCUUCUCAGUGUAAGACCCUCCUUCUACAUCUAGGGUGUACAGGUAAAAUGUGGGAAAGGGGUGCCACAGAAGACACAGGCAUAGCAUCUGUGAAAGUUUUGUAGUAAGAGGAGACAGUACCUGAGAAAUUCAGAUGUCAACAGGGUAGUAGGUGAGAUGUGCAGAGAACCUUAUAGCCAUUACAAAGGGUUGAGAUAUGAAAUGAUUGGCGGGAAGUAAACAUGAUUGGCAAGUAUGACAGAAUCAGUGUUAUUGUUUGCUCUGAAAAUUCAUAUAGCUUUCUCAGUUUGGAAAAAAUCUUGAGAUUUGUGCUGUAUGUAAUUCAUUGGCUGGUUAUACUUCUGUUUUAAGGGACAAUGCAGAAAGCUUACAUCAAUGCCAUGAAAUCAAAAUAAGCACCUUUCUAACAUUACUUAAGUCACACCUCCUCCAUACUAGGGUAUAUCAGAUAUAUCAGAAUUACUUAUGCAGUAGUCACUUUAAACAGGGCAAAACUGCCCUCUUCAUGCAUUACCUAGAGAUGGCAUUUCAAAUUCCAUUGCAUCUGCCUUUUUCUGUUUUCUCCCUUUCCUGGAUUAUUGUCAUCCUUUACUUACUUCUACAUGACAGGCAAUAUUAACAGGGUACUUUGUGGGACAAAAGGCAUGACCCAGCUCAGUGGGCUACAGCAAGACAAUGUGAGAGUCAAAGUUCUCACUUUUUUUAAUUUUCAGUAGCUAUCAUUUGUACACAUGGACAGUGGAUGUGUUCAUUUAGCCAGCUACACCAGUUCCCAAUCAAAGAGUUUUUAUUUUCCCCUCUGUCUUUCUCCUUUGUAGAACAACUACCUCAACAGUCAUCAACUCAUGUAUCAGACUAUCCACACUUGUUCUUCUCCAGUCCAAGCAUUCUGCAAAGAUGCACAUAACAGAGUAUUUUCCUUCUUCAACCAUAGCCCUGAAAGUAGUGGGGAUGAGAACCAUAUACAACGUUCCAUAGUCUUAUGUGGAACUUCUUUCAAGUGUAGUUUUCCUCCUCUGCCCCCAUUCCUACAUAUUUUGUAGCUGAGCUCAUCAGGAAUGGGAUGAUAUCUUCCAAACCUGUCUCUUGGUAUUUUUAUGUUUUUCAUGCUAAGAAAUGUAUUCGCUGUCAUGGAAACCAUUGUAUUGUUUUUAUUGUCAAAGACCUUGUAUGUACCGACUUCCUGAUUGUGAUGGACAUACUGGGUCGCAUAUGGUUAACAGAGUGAACAUCAGGGAGGGACUUGGACAAUUAUUUCACCAUACCACUUCACCUCCUGAUAAAAUAAGUUUAAUUGCACUUGGUGCACUGCAGAUCAGCAGCAUGUGUACAUCAAGCCUGACAGCACUCACUGCUAAGUUGUUUAACAGAACUGCUUCAGUUCUCUUAUUAGCACACCGUCUGUACUUAACAGAAAUUCAGCAGUCAAGCACAUAUCAUCACAGAUACACAUUGGCAGUGUCAGCCAGAAUAUUAGCCCCUGUCAGGGACAAAACGGGACAAAAGCACUACAGUCUUUGAACUUGUAGGAGACCUAGUAACAGGUGCAGAGGCCAAGUGCCCAUCAUAGUGCAUUGCUUUCCUUUUAGCAAUUAAAUAAAAACACACUAAAGACUCAACUCUGAAGCCAAGCCUACGACCAUGGUUACCAGAGACUGUUGACAUUUUCCCCUAUACUUGUUGAUGGGGAUAGCUAGCUCUUGUUAUUUCUGAUGUAAAACUAGUUUAGGCUGAAUAUCACAUGCUAACACAAACAGUGCAAAACUGUUGACUCAGGGAGUAAGUAUUGUUAAGACUAAUCAGCUCCAUAUAGUAAACAAUUUUACAAUAUCCAAAUGUAUCACUACUCACUAUUUGCCCAUAUGUCAUAAAAAGAGUACGUGUUCAUUAAUUUAUAUUGUCUUGUCCAUAGGCGUAGUUUCAGUUUAGUAGUUUAGUGUAGGUGACAGAAUUUUAUGCCCAAGAUGACCAAGCUGAAAGAUUAGAAUACAGGGCUACAUACUACCAGUAGGUCUAGGUAUGACCCUACCAUAUUAUUGACUAGGUACUAAUUAUGCAGUACUAAUCCUAUAGUACAGCCUAUGCUCCAGUAGUCCUUUUCACUAUGUUUUCAUUCUAUUAAAGUACAUACUGUAAUUAAUAGUUAGGUAACUAUGAACAACAGGAAAGGCAGUCAAAACUUAAAGUAGUUGGCUCUGAAACAGUCUAACAGUGCACAGCUUUCAGCAGGGCAGCAACUUACAGCAACAGUACCACCAUCGCGACAGUGAAAAGAUGCAACUUUUAUUGUACCAUUGCCUUAGGGUUAUUUGAUGGAGGCAACAUGGAAGUAUUUAUCAGACAUGGUGUGUUCUGACCCCUGUGGUUAUGAGCUCAGAGUAGGUACACUGCUUCCUAGUAAACUUACACCACCAUGAAUAGUUUGAAAAGAACCACCAUGAUGUCCUUCAAGGAUGCAUCUGCAGUCCUUACAAAUGGGUUGUCCUGUCGUCAGGCAGCCCCUCGGUCGGCCGGAUUAUUGCAUAUCCUUUUGCAGACUUACAGACUGUUUUCUCCCACUAAUACAUACUGAUGGAACAGAACAGGCAUGUUUUUGUAUAGGUUCAUAGGUGUGUACUAGGCUAAUGGCCCUGGAGCCUUUACAAGCCUAGC